AUGCCUUCCCUGCAGAGUCGCAAAAGACGCGCCGAACCAGCAGAUGACGACGAUGUCUCAGGCGAAGAAUCGCCCGAACCACAGACACAGCGACGACGAACGACACAACACCAAGACGACGAAGAAGAGGACUACGGCGGCGACCAUGGCAACGGCACAGACAGCAACACCGACCAAAUGGUUAAGAAGCUUGUACGACUAGCUCUAGCAUGCGAGUACCAGCGAAGACCCAUACGAAGAACGGAUAUAAGCGAGAAAGUACUGGGCACAGCAGGCGGGAGAAGGUUCAAGGAUGUCUUUGCACAAACACAAUUGCAGCUACGAAGUGUCUUUGGUAUGGAGAUGGUGGAGCUGCCGGCGAGGGAGAAGGUUACAUUGGCUCAGAAGAGAGCCGCCAAAUCACAAUCUCAAUCCAAAACACCACCCGCAGCCUACGUCCUGAUCUCCAUCCUUCCACACGCUUUUCACGACCCACAAAUCCUAGGACCUCCUUCCAUCCCCACGGCGGAAGAAGAGAGCAAAUACAUCUCCAUCUACACCGUCCUUGUCUCACUGAUUUCCCUCUCCGGCGGCCAACUACCGGUAACGAAAAUGGAAAGAUAUCUGAGACGCCUUCAGAUGGAAGAUAACACGCCCGUAACAGGUUACGCUAAGACAGAACUAUUACUGAAACGGCUGGAGAAGGAGGGCUAUAUCACCAAAAUCAAAGAACUGGUUGGAGCAGGGGAUGAGGAUGUGUUCUGGGUUAUUGGGCCAAGAGGAAGAGUCGAGGUGGGUGAUGAUGGAGUGAAAGGUCUGGCUCGAACGGUAUAUGGUGAGAUGGGUGAGGAGGGCCAGGAUGAUCUGGAGAGGAGGAUGGGCAGGAGUCUGGGCCUGAAUGACAGGGCGCCUGUGAAGUCGACGGAACAGGACGGUGGUGGUGGGCAGAAGAAGAGAGGGCGGAAGCGGAAGGAGGUUGAUGAGGAGCAGGAGGAGGAGGAUGAUGAGGAUGAUGACAAGGAGUAG